AUGGCGACCGUGGUCCUCCCCCAGAAGCGGGUGCUGGGUGAGUCCAAGACUGGGCGAAAUAUGCCGCCCACGACGCCCUCGUCCGCCAAGAAGCGCAAGACGGACAUCUUCUCGUCUUCACCAGCUGUAUUUUCGUCGUCGCAAAAGGACCCGCGCUCCAGGCUGCUGGGCUCCAGCCAGCCCAAGAGCGUCUUCGAGUCCGAGGUGCUCGAGAAGCUCAGCCAGGACAUUUCCGAGCGCAAGCAGAAUAAUACAGAAAAGGACCAGGCGUGGGACCGCCCGGCGCUCCAGGCCCUCGACACCACAAAGGAUAGCAUAUGCUUCCAGUCCAUCGAUGCCGAAGAGGGUACGCUAAACGGGGGUCGCACCACGGUCAAGCUGUUUGGCGUCACCGAACAGGGCCAUUCGGUCAUGCUCCACGUCACCGACUUCAGACACUACCUAUACGUCCCCGCGCCGACGUCCUUUCAACCCAAGGACUGCGGAGCGUUCAAGGUGUUCCUGGAGCAGCAGCUCGCGCAGCACCAACCCGCGAUCCACUCGGUGGUGCUGCGUCUGCGUGAAGACAUGUUUGGCUUCAAUGGCAAUGUUCAGAACCCGUUCCUGCAGAUUACCGUCACCGACCCCAAAUUUAUCAACAGCGUCCGAUCGACAAUCGAGGCCGGCAACGCCAACUGGAAGGGCAUGUGGGGCAGCAGUGACAGCGGCAUCAUGACUUACGACAAUAUUCAAUACGUCCUGCGCUUCAUGGUUGACUGCAAGAUACAAGGCAUGGCCUGGGUUGAGGCGCCGGCGAACACAUAUAAACUCAUCCCUGAGCACAUGAGGCAAUCCAACUGCCAAAUCGAGGCCGAAAUCAACCACCACGAUCUCGUCGCACACAAGCCGGAAGGCGACUGGGCCAAGAUGGCGCCACUCCGUAUUCUGUCUUUUGACAUCGAGUGCGCUGGCCGAAAGGGCAUCUUCCCAGAGCCUGAACAUGACCCCGUCAUUCAGAUUGCCAACGUCGUUACCCGGUAUGGUGAAAAGAAGCCAUUCGUCAGAAACGUCUUUUGUCUCGAUACAACCAGUUCCAUUGUCGCCACCCAAGUCCUCGAAUACGAGAAGGAAGCCAAGAUGCUGAGCGAGUGGCAGCAAUUUCUUAUCAAGGUCGAUCCCGAUAUCAUCAUUGGCUACAAUAUUGCCAACUUUGACUUUCCAUAUCUCAUCAACCGAGCCAAGCACCUCAAGGUCAACGGCUUCGAGUACUGGACUCGAUUACCCAGCAUUCCAUCCAGAGUUAAGGAUACCAGCUUUUCCAGCAAACAGAUCGGUAACCGAGAUACAAAGGCGACGAAUACCAACGGCCGCCUGCAGCUAGAUCUGCUUCAACUGAUUCAACGUGAUCACCAACUGCGUAGUUAUACGCUAAACUCAGUCUGCGCUCAGUUCCUCGGCGAACAGAAGGAAGAUGUCCACCACACCAUGAUUACAGAGCUCUUCAACGGAACGCCGGAGAAUCGUCGACGUCUGGCGAUUUACUGUUUGAAGGAUGCAUAUCUACCACAAAGGUUGAUGGAUAAGCUGUCGUGUCUGGAAAACUAUACCGAAAUGGCUCGUGUCACGGGUGUUCCGUUCAACUUUUUGCUCUCGCGUGGUCAGCAAAUCAAGUUUGUCAGUCAGCUUUUCCGUAAAGCCCUGGAACAGAAAUUGGUCAUUCCCAACAUGAAGGGCGAUCCUUCGGAUGAUCAGUACGAAGGUGCGACAGUUAUUGAACCCACGCGAGGCUACUAUGACGUGCCGAUUGCAACACUGGAUUUUGCCUCACUGUAUCCCAGUAUCAUGCAAGCACACAACCUCUGCUACACAACGCUCAUUACCCGAAAAGACAGAAUAGCACAGUUCAAUCUGGUCAAGGACGAAGACUACAUUGUCACUCCCAACGGCGACACGUUUGUGACGACGAAGCAGCGAAAGGGGCUGCUGGCGCAAAUUCUGGAAGAACUUUUGUCGGCCAGAAAGCAGGCCAAGCGUGAGCUGGCCGUUGAAACAGACCCGUUCAAGAAGGCUGUGUUGAACGGUCGUCAGCUGGCUCUGAAGAUUUCUGCCAACUCGGUCUACGGUCUCACCGGUGCUACAACCGGAAAGCUACCAUGUUUAGCGAUUGCUAGUUCAACAACGAGUUUCGGUCGCCAAAUGAUUGAAAGGACCAAGGACGAAGUUGAGAAGAAGUAUUGCAUUGCCAACGGAUACUCGCACGAUGCGCAAGUAAUUUAUGGUGAUACCGAUUCCGUCAUGGUCAAGUUUGGCACCAAAGAGCUGGCCGAGGCGAUGAAACUGGGCGAGGAAGCGGCUGCGUUUGUUUCGUCGAAAUUUGUCAAGCCCAUCAAGUUGGAAUUCGAAAAGGUCUACUUCCCGUACCUGCUCAUCAACAAGAAGCGUUAUGCUGGUCUGUACUGGACCAAGACGGAAAAGUACGACAAGAUGGACACAAAGGGUCUGGAGACGGUACGAAGAGAUAACUGCUUGCUGGCGCAAACGGUUAUUGAAAAGGUGCUGCGGAUGAUUCUCAUCAACCGUGACGUGCAGGGUGCUCAGGACUACGUCAAGGAUAUGAUUGCCGACCUUUUGCAAAACAAGGUGGACAUGUCAAAGCUAGUGAUUACCAAAGCCCUGACAAAGGAAGACUACACGGCCAAGCAAGCGCACGUGGAGCUAGCGGCACGGAUGAAGAAGCGUGACGCCGGUUCGGCGCCUUCGCUGGGUGACCGUGUGGCGUAUGUGAUGAUCCGAGGCGCGGCGGGGGCCAAGAACUUUGAAAAGUCGGAAGACCCCAUCUACGUGCUCGAGAACAACGUGCCGAUUGACACGAAGUACUACCUGGACAACCAGCUGGCCAAGCCGCUGACGCGCAUCUUUGAGCCGAUCCUGGGGGAGACCAAGGCGCGGUCGCUGCUGACGGGAGACCACACACGGACGAUUUCGGUGGCGGCGCCGUCGGUGGGCGGGCUGAUGAAGUUUGCCAAGAAGACGCAGACGUGCAUGGGCUGCAAGCGGCCGCUCAAGGGCAAGACGGAGAGCGAGGGAGCCGUGUGCGGCGACUGCGGGCCGCGGGUGGGCGAGCUGUACAAGCGCACGCUGGACCGCAUGUCGGAUCUCGAGGUGCGGUUCGGGCGGCUGUGGACGCAGUGCCAGCGCUGCCAGGGCAGCAUGCACUGCGAGGUGAUUUGCAGCAGCAAGGACUGUCCAAUCUUUUACAUGCGCAUGAAGGCCAAGAAGGAUCUCGAGGACGCGGGCAAGGAGUUGUCGAGGUUUGACGCGGAUCAGGCUGCAGUUUGGCAGCUCUAA